UCCCCCUGCUGGUCCAUCUGGUGUCGCGCUCUUACACAUCCAGCAUCAUGGACGUCGUCAAUCAGUUGGUGGCCCAGGGACAGUUCAGGGUGCUGAAGGUUCCUCUGGGCUUUAUCAAGAUCCUACAAUGGUUCUUCUCCAUCUUGGCCUUCUCUACAUGCGGAAGCUACUCUGGAAUGCUGCGCAUGUCCGUGGAAUGCAAGAACCGCACGGACAGUGACUUGAGCAUCGAGGUCGAGUUCGAAUAUCCCUUCAGAUUGCAUCACGUGUACUUUGACGCCCCCACUUGUAAGGGUGGCAACACGGAGCGUCUCUUCCUAGUAGGCGACUACUCCUCCUCGGCAGAAUUUUUUGUGACGAUCGGCGUAUUCGCCUUCUUGUAUGCCACGGCAGCACUCAGUGUCUACGUCUUCUUCUUUGAAAAGUACAAGGAAAACAACAAGGGCCCACUCGUGGACCUUGGCGUGAGCGCUGUAUUCGCCUUCAUGUGGCUGGUGAGCUCAGCGGCAUGGGCUAAGGGUUUGUCUGAUGUCAAGACAGCCACAGACCCAGAUCAGGUCAUCACUUUGAUUACCGCCUGCGACGCUGAGGAGAACCGAUGUCGUGAAGUCCACGACCCCGUCAUGUCUGGACUCAACACGUCUGUGGCAUUCGGCUUCAUCAAUUUGGUUCUAUGGGUGGGAAAUCUGUGGUUCGUCUUCAAGGAGACGGGCAUCAUCGCCCCGUUCAUGAGAGCUCCACCCGCUCAGGAGAAACCCCCCACUGACGCUAUCGCACCUGGCGGCUAUGAGCAGGAUCCUUACGCCAGUAACCAGGGGGGCUACCAGCCUGACUACAACCAGCAGGGUUACAACCAGGGAGCGGAGCAGGGAGCGCCCACCUCCUUCUCAAAUCAGAUGUGAGGUGACGGGAAGCUGGAAGCAACGGAAGCGAAUGCUUGCCUCUUACCUUCCCACAAUGCAACACACCCAAAUGUUUGUGAGGGGGUAAUCUGGAGCUCCGAUGUUCACUUUGAACAUACUGUAAAGAUAUGAGGUCAAAGCUGACAAACAAAUGAAAAUAUUAUGGUUGUGACAUGUUUGCCAAUUGCAUAACCAACCAACCAAACAAACAAACUAAAUAAAUGAAUAUAUAUGUCGCACGGAAAUAUGCAAAUCCUUUGGAAUGACCUGGGUUUCUGCAUAAAUUGGUCAUAUCUUUAUUAAUUAUUUAAUUGAGCUUUAUCCGUGUAGCAAUACACACAAUACUAUACAGAUUUUUUUUUGCAGAGGCAAUGCUGCUUCACAAGAGCUAAACAAAAUCAAUUGUAUGUUUUUUACAGGGUAUGGCAGCUUUAACGCAUACUUCCAAUGUCAUCGAUUUGAAUUUUGGGUGGCUGAAUCUUGACUACCAUAUUCUCAUUGGGAAUUAUUCUUGUGGUUUACAUACUACAACAUACAAGAUGUGUCCAAGAAACACAUAUUGUGAUAUAAGUAUAAGUGGACACUUGUUUGAUGUUCUGUCUUAAAUGAAGUUCCGAGCACAUUUCAUGACCACCUUAUGCAGAAAUCCAGGUAAUUCCAAAAGGUUCAUUUACUUAUUUUUGCAACUGUAUGGAGUAUUGUACAUUGUUCCUCCGCUUUGAAAAUCUGCAAGCCUGUAGAUGCCAAAAGAUGGCAAAGCGCUAUUUUUUUUAUUUUUUUUUAUUUUUUUUUUUUAUUUUAUAGACAAGGUAAUGGUCUGACUAAAAAUGAAGCGCCUCGCCUCUCCAACACAGUUUGUUGCCACCCAGAUCCUAUAAGAUGGCUCCAAAACAAUUUUUUUAAUGCAGACGUGGAUUUGGCCUGUGGACAAAAAGUGUUUCAACAAUUAAUUAAAGAGAGCCCAUAUGCAAAUGCUGAACUACGAUUACGCGGAGGUUCACUGUCUGUAUAUUCACAUAGAUUUAUUUUAAGCUAUUCCUGAAUACCUUAUAUAUUGUAGUGACUUUUUUCUCCAUGUUUAUCUGUAGUGACCAUCCCGCGUUUACACCUAAACCGGAGUAAAACUAAUUUCAAACCUAAAACCGCAAGCAUUUUUAAUCAAGUCAGAAGCUUCCUUGUUGUAGUUUUUAGUGACUCAGCAGAAAUGACAAUAAAAACAUAGUUAGGAGGCUACCUUCAGUGGCUAGUUUAGCUUCUUGGCUGCGAAUCUUUUGGCCUUGCUAAUGUUUCCACGCACACAAAGUGAAUCAAACCAUCAAUCUUGUGAUGGCCAUUUCUGCUGACAAUCACUUUACCCAUCCAGCCAAUCAGCAACCAUCCUUGUGGAUGUUUGUGUUGUACAGAAAUUUACAGUUGUGUUUGUGUGUGAGUGUGUGUGUGUGUGUGUACCUGUCUUGCUCUCCUUAACAGUUUUGUUCCCUUCCUCUUGCUCUAUGUUCUGACUCCAGAUUGAGAUGACUAUAGACAUAGGUAAGCCUUAUUGCGUUGGUUUGCCCGUUGCAGUGGUCGUGUGUUUGAGUUUACCAUAUUGGAUGCGGCAGAUCUGUAUUAGUUCUUGGACAAGGUUCAAUUCCUAUGAUUAGGUUCUAGUCUCAAUUAGUCUAGGGACAUAGUUGUAAUCUUGAUUCAUUGUUAUAUUCAUCAUUUGUCCAUAGUAUUAGCCAUGAAACUGGUCAAUUCUUCUGUCAGUUUCUUUAUUAUGGGCAAAUAAAAUGGAAAAAAGACAUUGUUCAGUCAUAAUCCCAAGAGAUCUGGCUUUGAGUGUAUAAUCUGUUUCUAGCUCUCCAAGCAGCACAAGAAUGGGGCAUCUUCACCCGUUAACUUCACGUUGCCCCAUUCAAUAUAGUCGCAAAAUGGAUGUGCAAUCCAACACUUAGUAUGGUGUGUAUGUUUUAGAUGGCGCAAUGCAAAUGAUGACAAUGGUGAUGUACGUGUAAUUUGUUGUUAUGCCGCUCCCCCUGCUGUGUUUAUCCAAUGGAAUGAUUCAAUAAACAACAAAACAAA